AUUGCGUCCCUUUGUAUGAACUCUUCAGCAAACAAAUUCAAGAUGGAGGCUGGAAGUAAGAAAGAGGGACUGCCAAAAUUACGAGAUAUUUUACGGAGACAAAGAGAUGAUUCACUUUCAGAGAGUAUGACAGAAUGCCCAGAUAUAGAAUUUCUUUAUGAUGAUGCAGACACAUACAAUGCAGAAUUAGCAGAACUCUUCAGUUAUACAGAGGACUCGGAAUUUGAAUCAUCAAGAAAAAAGUUUGAAGAAGGAUUUAUAAAUACAGAAUGUGAAAACAAAUGGACAAAGUCUGAUGAGGCUGUUCAAAGGAAACAUAUUGUGUUCCUCCAGAAUGAACUAGAGGUCGCAGACAAGGAACGCAGAAUUAAUGCCAUGUGGUCUCUGUUAUAUCUCGUACAAGGUGUGUAUGGGGAGUGCAUUUCAGAGGAGGAACAUCAAGACUGGACCCACAGAAACGUCCACCUGUUGUAUGAGCAGGGGCUGUUUGUGUCAUUCGUGGAGCUGCUCUCUAUGGAGAUGGAGAAUACUUCUGCAGCCUCUAUAGCAAUGAGAAAACUGGCUGUUUCAGUGGCAGACAGCAGUGACUUAAGGUUAAUCCUGAAUGUGCUGUACAUUAUGGUGGAGGUAAUGAGAUGUCCACUGGAGACAGAAUCUGAUGAACAAAGACACAAUAGAAGUAUCUUCAUAGAAGAUUUAGUGACCCCUCUAGUUGGGGAGGAUAUUCUGCCUGUGAUAUUAUUCAGUAUGAUCACCAAGUUCUGUAGUGGAAGUGCACCACACUUCCCCAUGAAGAAAGUCCUGCUUUUGUUGUGGAAAGUAGUACUGGUUUCCCUUGGUGGACUCCGAGAAUUACAGAACAAGAAAAAUGAAGUUCGGGAAAAGUAUGGUCUCCCCCCACUUCCUGAGGACACAUAUGAAGUUUGUAAGAGUAUGAGGGCCUCAUCUCCGCCCACCUCUGCUGCAGACCUCAUUGAACAGCAGAUGCCCCGCAGGGCAUUCAGGGGAGGCAAGCGGAUGGACUCCUUUAGCUUUUUCAACUUGAAGAGUAGCCUUGACAGUGACCCGUUCGAAAACUCCAAUGGAGAGGACAAUAUAUUUAAUGACGUGGACGGGAAUGCAAGACAGAGCAGUGACGAGGAUAUGCCCCCCACCCCACCCCGACCAGCUACCCCCACAGUGAUGCAGCAAAAAAUACUACCAUGGAAACCAAAAGUCAGGCAGAAAGAUUUGGAGCAAUUUUUGGAUGCCACAAGAAUGAAGUUUGUUGGAUUUCAAGUGAAGAAUGAUAUGUCCUCCCUAGCAGGACUUCCACAUCCCAUACAUGAAGGGGUCAAGGUCUUGAAAGAGCACUUGUACAUAUCACUCACAGAAAUUCAGAUCAAAAGAGAAGAGGAAAUUGCCAAAAAUCCUUUUUCAAAGCCAGAGACAGAUGUACAGAACACCCCCGUGGAGGUCCUCUUUCAGGCUAUCCUCCCAAAUCUCCCCCAGUACAUGAUAGCCCUCCUCAAGAUUUUACUGGCUGCUGCCCCGACCUCCAAAACCAAGACAGACUCCAUCAACAUCCUGUCUGAUGUUCUCCCCGAGGUCAUGCCAUUAACAGUUCUACAGUCAAUGAAGCUGGGGAUUGAUGUGAAUCGACACAAAGAGAUCAUUGUAAAGGCAAUCUCAGGCCUUCUAUUGUUACUACUCAAACACUUCAAACUCAACCAUGUGUAUCAAUUUGAAUUCAUGAGCCAACACCUUGUAUUUGCAAAUUGUAUACCACUGGUGCUGAAAUUUUUCAAUCAAAACAUACUGUCAUAUGUUACUGCCAAAAACAGUAUCCCAUGUCUGGAUUACCCAGGAUCUGUGAUUGGGGAGCAACCAGAACUUACAGCAGAAGCUUUAGAGAGCGGUGACAAUCAGGCUUUCUGUUGGAGGAAUCUUUUCUCCUGUAUCAAUCUGUUAAGGAUACUCAACAAACUCACCAAAUGGAAACAUUCUAGGACUAUGAUGUUAGUAGUAUUUAAAUCAGCCCCAAUCCUGAAGAGAUCCCUGAAGGUGAAGCAGGCCAUGAUGCAGCUGUACGUGCUGAAGCUUCUGAAGAUGCAGACAAAAUACCUUGGUCGACAGUGGAGGAAAAGUAACAUGAAGACAAUGUCUGCCAUCUAUCAGAAAGUCCGACACAGACUCAAUGAUGACUGGGCUUACGGCAAUGACAUGGAUGCAAGGCCUUGGGACUUUCAGGCAGAGGAAUGUGCCCUACGAGCGUGUGUGGACAGAUUCAAUCAGAGACGGUAUAAUCCACACAGCGCUGACCCCGACUUUAAACCUGUUGACAAUUGUUUACUCAGUGUUCUAGGUGAAGAAGUUGAUCUGACAGAGGAAUUCAAACAGAACUAUGAACGAUGGUUAGAAAUGGAGGUGUACUCUAAUUAUAUAGACUGGGAUCAGAUAAUUAAUUGUUAAUCACUAUUGGACAGUUUUAUACUGAAUCCAGAACUUUUGAUAUUUAUUGAAUGUUUAUAGGAUGGAAUAAAUUAUGUUGUUAUA